CCUAGCCAGGGCGGAGCCCAGCCGCCUCUAAGGCGCUCUGGGUCCGGUAACCAUCAAGGGCACCAGGCGGUUGUUCUGGUUACCGCUGGGGCGCAGCGUUGGGAGGGCAGCUGCGGUCCACGAGGGAUGCUGGUGAGGAAGCCGUGGGGGGCCGCCGCCGCCUUUUGAGGGGAGCGCUCUGGAAACUGCCGUUCGGCGGCUGGAAGGUUCCGGGGCUGGUAGAGGUCUCGAGGUGGGGGCUGCGCUUCCCAGCGCUGGAGCUGCAGUCUCGAGUCCGAGGUCGUCUUUGGUGGGAGAAAGCAGACCUGUGGUUCCCCCGAGCUUGGCGGUCCCAGGGAAGAGAGGUACUCACUCCGCGCCGCCGGCAGCCCUCGCGCUUUCCGCCCACGCUGGACCGUCGCUGUCGGAGGUGGCGCGGCCGCGUUUUUCCCAGCGCAAGAUACUUGUCACCCUGUUCCUCUUCUGAAAGGGCAUCUGCUGCUGGUGGGAGAGAAGAGAAAUUUUACAGACGAAAGGCCAACAUCAAAAUUUAGGACCUCAUCCACAGUAACCCCUAAGGCCCGCCUCCCUCCUCAAAAAAAAGUAAACACACGGAUUGCUUAAAAGAGGAGAGCCUGAUCGGGAGCUGUUGGAGCAGCUGAUUUUUAAAUACAGCUUUUUAAAUCCGGGACAACUUACUCCUCUUCAAGUACUUUUUACUUUUUUAAUGAUUUUGUAAAUUAGUCUGAUUUGAAUUGUAAUCCUGUGACUGUGUUUAUUGGACUUUGGCCGGUUCCCCGCGCUUUUUUUGGACAACAUAUUUUGGGGAGAACAUCUAAGCACCAAAACUUUAACCAGGAAAAAAAAAGAGGAUCUCACCGUUGACCCGGUGUCACCGAAGAAGCCUUUAAACCAUGUGGACCUUUCUCGGCAUUGCCACCUUCACUUAUUUUUAUAAGAAAUGCGGGGACUUCGUCUCUCUGGCCAACAAGGAGCUCUUGCUGGGCGUGCUGGUAUUCCUGUCGCUGGGGCUGGUGCUGUCCUACCGUUGUCGCUACCGGAAUGGGGCCCUCCUCGGGCGCCAGCAGAGCGGCUCCCAGUUCGCCGUCUUCUCGGAUAUUCUGUCAGCCUUGCCUUUAAUUGGUUUCUUCUGGGCCAAAUCCCCCACUGGUUCAGAAAAGAAAGAGCAGCUUGGGUCUAGGAGGGGCAAAAAGGGAUCCAAUAUUUCAGAAACAACCUUAGUAGGAGCAGCUGCCUCUCCAUUGAUACCUUCUCAGAAUGAUCCAGAAAUUAUCAUCGUGGGAUCUGGUGUACUUGGCUCUGCUUUGGCGGCGGUGCUGUCCAGAGAUGGGAGAAAGGUGACAGUAAUUGAGAGAGAUUUAAAAGAGCCUGACAGGAUACUCGGAGAAUAUUUGCAGCCAGGCGGUUGUCAUGUCCUUAAAGACCUUGGUCUUGAAGAUACAAUGGAAGGUAUUGAUGCCCAGGUUGUAAAUGGCUACAUCAUUCAUGAUCAGGAAAGCAAAUCAGAGGUUCAGAUUCCUUUCCCUCUGUCAGAAAACAAUCACGUGCAGAGUGGAAGAGCUUUCCAUCAUGGAAGAUUCAUCAUGGGUCUCCGGAAGGCAGCUAUGGCAGAGCCCAAUGCAAAGUUUAUUGAGGGCACUGUGCUGCAGUUAUUAGAAGAAGAGGAUGUCGUGUUGGGGGUUCAGUACAGGGAUAAGGAAACCGGAGACAUCAAGGAACUCCAUGCUCCAUUGACUAUUGUCGCAGAUGGACUUUUUUCCAAAUUCAGGAAAAACCUGAUCUCCAAUAAAGUUUCUGUUUCCUCUCAUUUUGUUGGCUUUCUUAUGGAGAAUGCACCACAGUUUAAAGCAAAUCAUGCUGAACUUGUUUUAGCUAAUCCGAGUCCAGUUCUCAUCUACCAGAUUUCACCUAGUGAAACUCGAGUGCUUGUUGACAUCCGAGGAGAAAUGCCAAGGAAUUUAAGAGAAUACAUGACUGAAAACAUUUACCCACAACUACCUGAUCACCUGAAAGAACCGUUCUUAGAAGCCUCUCAGAAUUCUCGUUUGAGAUCCAUGCCAGCAAGCUUCCUCCCUUCUUCGCCAGUAAAUAAGCGAGGUGUUCUUCUUUUGGGAGAUGCACAUAAUAUGAGGCAUCCUCUCACUGGAGGAGGAAUGACUGUUGCUUUUAAUGAUAUAAAACUGUGGAGAAAACUGCUAAAGGGCAUCCCUGACCUUUAUGAUGAUGCAGCUAUUCUCCAGGCCAAAAAAUCAUUCUAUUGGACAAGAAAAAUGUCUCAUUCCUUUGUUGUGAAUGUCCUUGCUCAGGCUCUAUAUGAAUUAUUUUCUGCCACAGAUGAUUCGCUGUAUCAACUAAGAAAAGCCUGUUUUUUUUAUUUCAAACUUGGUGGAGAAUGUAUUAGUGGUCCAGUUGCGCUGCUUUCUGUAUUGUCUCCCAAUCCUCUGGUUUUAAUUGGACACUUCUUUGCUGUUGCAAUCUAUGCCACCUAUUUUUGCUUUAAAUCGGAGCCCUGGAUCACAAAACCUCGAGCCAUCUUCAGUAGUGGGGCUGUACUGUACAGAGCAUGUUCUGUGUUAUUUCCUCUGAUUUACUCAGAAAUUAAGUACUUGGUUCAUUAAGCUUAACAGGGAACCACUGGUGAAUGAGUACUGACUUCCAGUUCACCAGGUCUCAAGAGACUUGGGAGGAAAUGUAUAUAUAGCACAGUACUAUCCCACUUCUAAAGUGGAAAGUCCUGGACCAAGAUUGGGAUUGAUUUGUUUUUGAAGUUCUUUGUAUAUAAACAUGUAAAUAUAUUCUUUGGUUUGCAAUUUAAAAUGAAGGGUAAAAUAAGAUAGUAUUUAAAAGAAAUGAUUGAUACCAUAAGUUAGUGCUAACACUGAGGAACUGCAGUUUGUCUUUUGAAUUCAGUAUCUGAGACAAGUCAUUGUGGGAUCUGCAAAUAAAAUGAAGAAUCAACUCUCA